AUGGCCAGGAGCUUGCACACGCCGAGGUCGAGGUCCCCGCCAGGGAGGUCCGCGUUGAUGAGCGCCCGGAGGAAGUCGUCGUUGUCGUCCCCUGCGUCGCUAAAGACGUCCAAGUCGUCGACCACGCCGGUGUCGACGAGGUUCUGUAGGAGGAGUGGGUGCGGCGUGGUGGAGUGGGGCGGGCGUCGACGAGUAAUCAUGCCGAAUGACAAAGCAAAAGCUCCAAAGAAGGGUGGAGAGGAUCCUGGAAUCCCGCCAGCUCCUUGUGAAGGGGAAAUUAGCCAUGAGCCACAGAGACAACGGUCGCUCAACGGGAGGACAACUGGCCCGACCCGGCGUUCGACCAAAGGAAAUUGGACACCCGAAGAGGAUGCUAUAUUGUCCCGCGCGGUUCAGACGUACCAAGGGAAAAACUGGAAAAAGAUAGCGGAAUGUUUUCCAGACAGAACCGAUGUACAAUGUUUGCACAGGUGGCAAAAGGUUCUAAAUCCUGAAUUGGUUAAAGGGCCAUGGUCUAAAGAAGAAGACGAAAUCAUAGUUCAGAUGGUAAACAAAUAUGGGCCAAAGAAAUGGUCGGCCAUUGCUCAAGCUUUGCCUGGACGCAUAGGAAAGCAAUGCCGGGAACGGUGGCACAAUCAUCUUAACCCAGCCAUAAACAAGGAGGCAUGGACACAAGAAGAGGAGAUUACUCUUAUUCAUGCUCAUCGGAUCUAUGGAAAUAAAUGGGCUGAACUGACGAAAUUUUUACCUGGAAGGACGGAUAAUGCAAUUAAAAAUCACUGGAACAGUUCAGUAAAGAAAAAGGUUGAUUCGUACAUAUCUUCUGGCUUACUUUCAGAAGUCCCAUGCCUCCCUCUGAUUGAAUAUCCUGCACAAUGCGACUCUUUAUCGGCUAUGGACCAACAAAACAAUGGAGAUAGUGGUUGCAGUGCUCAGAACACUAGCAUGGCCUUGAGCUCUGAUUUACAAGUAAAUUUGGAUGCCAACAAGAGAGAAGCAAAAGACUCUCACUCGUCCUUGUGUCAAGGGGCAUGUUAUCCUUCCACAAAGGCUGUAGGAUCUGUUUUGCCUGAUGAGAACCACCAUGUUCCUUCAUCUUUUUCUCAAAGAAUGGACCUGCAGAUGGAUAUGGAUGAAGGAUCAGGAAAUUCUAUGUUUGCAGACGAUCAAACUCUUUGUAGCACAUCAAAUCAAGAAAAGUCUAUGGUGCCAUUUGUUGUUGCACAAGAAAUGCCUGUCUCUGUGCUAUCAAGUGUUUCUAGUGCUGAGCAGAAACUGCACUUAAUCUCUGAUGCUGAAAGUUUGAAAUCCGAACUUUGGAAAGAUGUUUCUUUGCAAACUCUUAUUUCAGGAGAUACAAUUGACCCUGAUGCUUCUUCAAGAUUAAAUCACCCAGAUGCUUCUAAAAUGGACACCAAUUUUUUGACACAGGCCUACACAUUAUACACAUCAAAUCCAUCCAGUGUGAUGGAAACUGUGUAUGAACCAAUGCCGUUGGAGACAAUCUCUCCCUCUUUUAAAUGUUCAGAUGGUUUGUCUGUUGCACCCGAAAAUAGAUCUGAGCCAAGAGAAAUGCCAGACUGUGAAGCAGAGAUGGUCACAUGUUCAAACAAUUCUUUUGGUGAUGGCGAUCAAUCUGCUAAACCUGGCAGCAGUGAUGACAGGCCAGAGGCUUUCACAAUGACUGAGAGCAUUACAAACUGUGGGGGUCAACAGUCGACAGAUGCUGAAGAACCUGUGGCCACUACAGCAAAAGAACAGUUAUCGAAAGAUAUUGAGACUAUGCCAGAUGAAAAGAAGGGUGAGGGAGCUCUAUUCUAUGAACCUCCUCGAUUCCCUGGUUUGGAUGUCCCAUUUAUCAGUUGCGAUCUUGUAACUUCUGCUGAUCUGCAAGAAUUUAGUCCCCUUGGGAUUAGGCAGUGGAUGCGGUCGACCAUGAAUGUCCCCACUCCUUUAAGAUUAUGGGGCUCUCCAACACAUGAUGAAAGCCCAGAUUUGCUAAAGAGUGCUGCUGAAAGCUUCCCAUGCACACCAUCAAUAAUGAAGAAAAGACAGAGAGGUCUAUUGUCCCCUACUCCAGAUAAAAGAAUUGAGAAGAAAUCUGGGAUUGCAAAGGGGGUGACAGAUAUCUCCUAUAUGAUCACGGCCACAUGUUCCAUGAAUGCAACCAAUGAUGGAGACAUUGUUACUGAAUCAGUUGUGUGUGCUGAGCAACCUUCUUUUAAACAUCUAGACAAGAAACUUGAGUUCUCUAAUAUUAACAAGGAAAACUCAGAUGGAGCAUCUGAACAGGCCAAAGAUCCACAAAAUGCAGGGAACAAACGACUUGUGGAGGAGCAACGUUCCUCACCAAAUGUUGCAAAUCCUAACACUGAUCUGCAAGACAAUAUACAACCUGUACGGAUUCUUGUUGAGCACAGCAGCAAUAACCUUGUUGCCGCUGAUCAUGGUGCAAAGCCAUCCUGUAAAGAAGUAAUUUGUUCAAAAUCAAAGCCCACGGAACUACUUGUUGAAAAAUCAUCACCAUGUAUCAACGCGGAUUACGAAUAUGUGAACUUAUUGGCUGAUACCCCAGGUGUCAAAAGAGGACUGGAAUCCCCAUCUGCAUGGAAGUCUCCUUGGUAUAUCGAUAUGCACAUGCACUUUCAGGGUUUUGUCAGCCCAGCAGACAGAACUUAUGACGCGUUAGGAUUAGUGAAGCAUUUAAGUAAGCACAGUGCUGCUGCUGCAGUGGAGGCCUGUGAGGUGCUAGCAAGUGGCGACAGGACUUCUGAUAAGGAAAACAAGGAUAAUACGGAUGGCAAGGAGCCAGUGACAAGAAAAUCACAGACUAAAAUCAUGCAAUUUCAGGACAUAGUGUGGGAGCUGAUUGCAACUCAGCAUGGUAUUGUUUUGUCUUUAAAGAUCAAGCAUUCUAAUUCCAGCUAA